UCUUCAACCCCGCCACAUGGUUACAGUUAAGUACAUAAAUCAGGCGCCACCGCUGCUGUGAGAGCUGUAGAGGCAGACAGGAGGAGGCACACAUGCACAUCGCACCGCCACGGCUCGUCGCUGCUACUGCAGCCGGCUGCAGCGAAGGAGACUCGCGGCUUUUUCCGUCACAUGGAGGCGAAAUGGCUUGAGAUCAGACAACGCGGACUCGUCUCGAUCGGCUGAUGCGCGAUGAUCUUCUGACUGCCUGCCUGUCUGUGUGUGUCCGUCCGUCUUGCCGCGAAUUGCUGCAGUGCUGUUUUUCCAGGUGUUGUGGUGUGUGUGUGUGUGUGUGUGUGAGUGUGAGUGAGUGCGUGUGUGUGUGAGCGUGUGUGCAUGGUGGUGAUGUUGUAGCCUAGUGUAAUUCUCUUACGAAUUGGACUAAGCCGGGGAACGGAGUCUGAUGUCACAUGUGCUUCAUCGGAGGAAACGGGGCAUCUGCAAGCUGGAUUUUGUGGAGGAUGCUGCGGCAAGUGAUACACAGAGGGCUCAAGGCUUCGUUCUACUGGCUGGGCUUAUUCGUUAGCAGGCACCCCGUUUUCUUCCUCACUGUCCCCGCGGUCCUCACCAUCAUUUUCGGAUCUACCGUUCUGAGCCGAUUCAAGCCGGAGACGGACCUGGAGGUGCUGGUCGCCCCGACUCACAGCCUCGCCAAGAUCGAGCGGAGUCUCGCCAACAGCCUGUUUCCCAUCGACCAAUCGAAGCACAAGCUGUACUCGGAUUUGCACACCCCGGGCAGAUAUGGCAGGCUGAUCCUGCUGGCCAAGUCCGGGGGAAACAUCCUGGAGCUGGCCGACCAGGUCCUGCAGGUUCACAAGCAGGUGCUGGAUUUACGCGUUAAUUACAAGGGAUUCAAUUACACGUUCGCGCACCUCUGCGUCUUGAGCCACAGAGACAAGCGCUGCCUCUUGGAUGAUAUCAUCACCAUCUUCGAAGAUAUCAGGCAGGCUGUGCUCUCCAACAGCACUUUCCAUAAGGUCCCCGUGAGCUAUCCGAACACAACAUUAAAGGAUGGCCGUGUGUCCUUCAUCGGCCACCAGCUGGGAGGCGUGUCCUUCUCGCCCAACAGCCGAGACCAGCAGGUCAAGUUCGCCCGCGCUGUCCAGAUCACCUACUACCUCCGCAACCACGGCCCCGUGGUGCAGGAUGCCAUCGCCGAGCGCUGGGAGAACGAGUUCUGCGCCCUGGUCAGCCGGCUGUCCACGGCCGAGGCGCCCCACGCACCCGACCAGCUCCACAUCCAGUCGCUCACUUCUUUCAGCCUGUGGCGGGACUUCCACCAGACGGGUGUGCUGGCCAAGGGGGAGGUGCUGGUCAGCCUGGUGCUGGUUCUCCUUGCUGCCACCAUUUCCAGCUCCAUGCGAGACUGCCUGAGGGGGAAGCCGUUCCUGGGCCUCCUGGGCGUCCUGACUAUCUGCAUUGCCAACGUGACAGCCGCCGGGAUCUUCUUUAUAUCAGACGGGAAGUUCAACUCUACGCUGCUGGGGAUCCCAUUCUUUGCCAUGGGCCAUGGAACCAAAGGAGUGUUCGAGCUGCUAGCAGGCUGGAGGAGAACGAGGGAAAACCUCCCCUUCAAGGAGCGUGUGGCAGAUGCUUUUGCUGAUGUGAUGGUGUGCUACACCAUGACCAGCUCACUCUACAUUAUCACCUUCGGCAUGGGAGCUAGCCCUUUCACAAACAUUGAGUCGGUUAAAAUCUUCUGUCAGAGCAUGUGCGUCGCCAUACUGGUCAACUACUUCUACGUUUUCUCUUUCUAUGGCUCCUGCCUGGUGUUUGCUGGACAGCUGGAGCAGAAUCGCUACCACAGUGUUUUCUGUUGUAAAAUCCCUUCAGUGGAGUAUCUGGACCGCCAGCCCACAUGGUUUAAAACUAUGAUGAGUGAUGGUCAUGACCUGUCCACGCAUCAUGACAGUGUCCCAUACCAGAAUCACUUCAUCCAGCACUUCCUACGAGAGCACUACACAGAGUGGAUUACCAACACUUAUGUCAAACCCUUUGUAGUUAUUCUCUAUCUCAUCUAUGCCUCUUUCUCAUUCAUGGGAUGUUUACAAAUCAGUGAUGGAUCAAAUAUUGUCAAUCUGCUGGCUAGCAACUCUCCAAGUGUUUCAUAUGCUCUUACCCAGCAGAAAUACUUCAGUAACUACAGUCCUGUGAUCGGGUUUUACAUUUAUGAGCCCAUUGAAUACUGGAACUCUACAGUGCAGGAGCACCUGAAGACCCUGAGUCAUGGCUUCAACAAGAUCUCCUGGAUGGACAACUUCUUCCACUACCUGCGAGUGGUGAAUGUGAGUGCAUCAACCAAGAAUGACUUCAUCACCAUCCUUAAAGGCUCCUUCCUGCGCAGUCCGGAGUACCAGCACUUCACUGAGGACAUAAUUUUCUCCAAGAACCGUGAGACUGACGAGUACGAUAUUAUCGCCUCACGAAUGUACUUGGUGGCCCGGACGACAGAGAAGAAGCGCGAGGAGGUGGUGGAGCUUCUGGAAAAGCUUCGUCCAUUGAUGCUAAUCAACAGCAUCAAGUUCAUUGCCUUCAAUCCCACAUUUGUGUUCAUGGACCGCUACAGCUCCUCCGUCAUCUCGCCCAUCCUGACCUCAGGCUUCAGUGUACUCACUAUCCUCAUCCUCACUUUCUUCCUGGUCAUCAACCCCUUGGGGAACUUCUGGCUCAUCCUCACAGUUACAUCUGUGGAGCUGGGCGUCUUGGGUUUGAUGACCCUCUGGAACGUUGGCAUGGACAGCAUCUCAAUCCUGUGCCUUAUUUAUACCCUCAACUUCGCCAUGGAUCACUGUGCACCACACCUAUACACUUUUGUGCUGGCCACCGAGCACACAAGGACGCAGUGCAUCAAGUUGGCACUGGAGGAGCAUGGGGCUGCCAUCCUGCAGAACACAUCCUGCUUUGUGAUCGGGAUCAUGCCCCUGCUGUUUGUGCCUUCCAAUCUGACCUACACACUGUUCAAGUGCUCCCUCCUCACUGCAGGCUGCACUGUGCUGCACUGCUUCGUCAUCCUGCCGGUCUUCCUGACCUUCUUCCCACCAUCCAAAAAGAGACACAAGAAAAAGAAACGGGCCAAGCGGAAAGAGCGGGAGAGGGAGAGGGAAAGGGAGAGGGAAAGAGAAAGAGAGGAGAUAGAGUGCAUUGAAGUCAGGGAGAAUCCUGAUCAUGUGACAAAUGUAUGAGUAGGUUGUAAUUUUCGCAGUGUGAAUCAGUGGGUAUCCGUCAGUUAUUGGUGGAUGAGAGGUGUUCUUCAAUUGUGAGGCACCUCUAGAAAUGCAGGGGAGUCCGAUAUGUCCCCUGAGGAGUGGGCACUAGUCACUCCAAACCAAUAGCAGCUAAGCUGGCCAGAGUAGAGCGCAGCCCCACUGGUCAGUCAUUCAGUCCUUCAGUCUGGACAGUGUAUCUCAUUUGCACAAACUGCAAUAUGCUCAUGGUUCUAAAGCUCUUUCCCAACUAUUUGGUAUGAAAAAAGUUAGAUGCCAGAACCUAUGCUUGCUAAAUCUGUAAGUAAAUUCUAAACAUACAGUAUGUUAAUCCAUUAAAAUGUUAGCAAUUCUAUGUUCAUCUCCUGCAACUCUUAUCUCAAAGGCAGUGAGAGGAGCAUAGCAGUCUUUUAACUGAGGACAGUUAGACAAGCUGAUAAAAGCGCUCAGGCUGAUACAAAAGUGUAUAAAUUAAAACUGUGCAGAAGACGACUGUGCACGCACCUUACUCUCCACACCUUGAUAACAACAAAAGGAAAUAAAACCAAAUUCUGUGGAAAGAGAGAAACUGUGGACCGAAAGCACACUGCAUGCUUUUCUGUAACAUGAAAAAUAGGUGAACAGCUGAACUGGGCAGAUGGCAUACACUGUGUCCAUUAUGAAGAAUUAUCUUGCACAAUGCAUUAUGUGAAUAGAACUGUCAAUGUUUAUGUAAGCAGGAAGCAAAUAUUUCUGCUUUGUUCCAGAAGUCAUAUAAGGUCUUCGGCAAUGGUAACAGAAACUGCAGUGGGCUGCAGAAUAUGAAGAGAAAGUGAUAAGUGACUAUUGUGCAGCAGUAUUUGAAAAGGCAGUAAGCCUGAUUCUUGGAGUAUGAUUUAAGUAAAUCCGAAACUGCUUUUGCAGACCAGUAAAACCAAAAGUGAAGAGUGCUUCUGAGGCUGGAAAUAUCAAAUUUUCUAGCAGAUUGACAACAAUGGAAAGUUUCUGUGAGGGUACCAAUGUCUUUGUGAUCCACACACAAAAGCGCACUGGCAUGGUACUGGUAAUUGGAAGGUCUGAAUGAGAUUCAAUAUUAGCAGUGGUGCCAAAUGGUGUACAGAAACUUUUGUUUGGCAGAUUUCUAUAAAAACAAACAGAUACAAAAAAAAUCUUAGUAAGUUUGAACUUUCACACAAAUCAUCUAUGACUCAUGUGAGUUGUUCCUGCUAAUUUUAAUGAUUCCUGUUCAAUUUUUGUUCAGGUUUGUGAAGCAAAUUAUGAAGCAGGCUUUAAAUUAAGCAGUGAGACACUUUUGUAAAGUACACUGUCUCUGAAUAGUGUGAAAAAGUCAUAGAGAAGUUAAGUGAAACUAGAACUUAUAAGUUUUGUUCCAAAUGUAAGAAAAUCAAAAUCACAGAUAUAUCAUGGAUAUUUAAAUAAAACAAAUUACUAAUAAUCCAGCCCUACAACAUAGACUUGCAUUUUUAAACGUUUUUCAUUUGAUGUUUAAUCUAAUAUUUGUGUUUUAAUCAGACUUUAAGAUGAAAUAGUCAAUAUUUUUAUGUUGGCAAUGGAUCAAAUGACUUACUGUAAAAUUAAAGGAGUUGAUCAUUAUAAUAAGGUCACAGAGAAUUAUCACCCAACUCUGCAGUUCCCCUCAGCAGUCCAGAACAUUUUCAGCAUCUUUCAGCUUAUUAUUUUGGUUGUGCAACAACGUAACUGUUGUGGUUCACUCUCAAGACUCAUCAACCUCGUUUCCGCUGACAGGCAGCUUUUUCCUGUGAAAAAAGCCCCGCUAUGCUAUGUACCCUGCACCAAACAGCAGAUAAACAAACCUAGCAGACUAGCAGAUGUAGAUAUAGUGGAGCACUUAGAAGCAAAAGAGCCUGGCAUAUUCCUAAGGAGUUGGUGGCGACCAAAACAGAGCUGGAAGGAGACUGAAUACUGGACUUCUUGUAGUCAGAAGCACGACUCCAAACAAAUGCUAAUGUUGCUCCAUGUCUGCUGAAUGUGUAUAUAAGUAGUUGUUUUGCAAACAUAUUUGCCACAACUAUUAAAAAGGUUAUAAGUUGUCAAAAUUUUGUUUUAGCCAAAAAGAAAAAUGAAUUAAUGCUGCUUUAAUCAACAUCAUUUCCCCUCACCUAGACCAAGGUGGGUUGACAUAUGUGCAGAAAAAAUUACUUUUAAAAAAUGUUAUCAAAUUAAUCAUUUACCUUUGUUACAAUCAUAAAGGGAUCACUUAAAUCAUAUACACUCACUGAGCACUUUAUUAGGAAAGCCAUACUAAUACUGUGUACAACCUCCCUUUGAUCUCAAAGCAGCCUCAGUUCCUCAUGGCAUGGAUUCCACAAGAUGCUGGUAACAUUCCUUUUUGAGAUUAUGGACCAUGUUGUCAAGAUUACAUCACAUCAUCUCAGCAGAUUUGUCAGCGGCACAUUCAUGCUGCCAGUCUCCUUUUCUACCACAUCCAAGAGAUGUUCUACUGGAUCCAGAUCUGUUGAUUGGGGAGGCCACUUAAGUACACUGAACUCAUUGUCAUGUUCAUGAAACCUGUUUGAGAUGACCUCUGCCACCACCACCACCAGCAGUCUGGACUGUUGAUACAAAGCAGGCUGGAUCCAUGGAUUUAUGGUGUUGCCAUUGACCCUACCAUCUGCAUGCUUUAGCUGAAAUCAAGAUUCGUCAGACCAAGCUGCAUUUUCCACUGUUCAGCUGUCCGAUUUUGGUGAGUCUGUGCCCACUGCAGCUUCAGCUUUUUGUUCUUGGCUGACAGGCAAGGAACCCGACGUGGUCUUCUGCUGUUAAAGCCCAUCUGCCUCAAGGUUGGACAUGUGCAUUCUAAGAUGCUUUUCUGCUUACCACAGUUGUAGAGUGGUUAUCUGCGUUACCAUAGCCUUUCUGUCAGCUCCAACCAGUCUGGCCAUUCUCCUCUGACAUCUCUUAUCAACAAGACAUUGCUGUCACCAGAGCUGCCACUCAGUGGAUAUUUUCUAUUUUUCGCACCGUGCAGAGUAAACUCUAGAGACUGUUGUUCAUGAAUAUCCUGGGGGAUGAGCAGUUUCAGAAAUACUUAAACCAGCCUGUCUGGUAUCAACAAUCAUGCCAUGGUCAAAGUGACUAUUUUUUCCCCCCAUUUUGAUGUUUGAUGUGAACAUCAAAUGGAGCUCCUGACCUGUAUAUGCAUGUUUUUAUGCACUGCACUGCUACCACAUGAUUGGCUGAUUGGAUAAUUGCAUGAUUAAGCAGUUGUACAGGUGUUCCUAAUGAAGUGCUCAUUGAAUGUAUGAUAUGUAUACAUGUAUAUGUGUGUUUGUGUGUGUGUGUAUACCCACACAUAUACAUAUAUACGUGUGUGUGUGUGUGUGUGUGUGUGUGUGUGAAUAUUUACAUGAACAGUAGAAAACCUCAGAAGUUGUUUCACUUUUGCCGAAAACCCAUAGAACCUGUAGAAAACCUGGAGUUUGUUUUGUCCAUGCAGUAACCAAGUAUGCUUUGAUUUUGCCCAGUAAUUCACAUAACAUUCCAUCAAGAAAUCAAGCUCUCUAUACAUACCCUUCAAUAUUCAGUCCUAGGAGUCCAAAAUGGCUGCCGUUUCCCCAUUGGGUAAACAAUAUUAUCUAUGUCUGCCAGGGCAUGAUAAGAAUCUCUGUUGCAGUCCCAAAACAAACACACUCAAGGUCAACAGCCCCAACAGAUACCAAUCUCACACUGACCUCUGGCAGGCAGAUCUUAGCUAGUGGCAUGUGAUAGAAAGGCCCGAUGUGUGAGCAGAUGUGGCUGAUUGCAGACCAGUCAAUACCUUCUAAGGAGACUGACUUGUUCUUCAGAGCUGCCAUUGAGGGGACACUGCUGUCUUAUUUCUUCACACUGCCACCAAGAAAGUGAAUUGCUCUCACACAGGUCAGCUAAUCAGCCAGCUGGACAGAGGUUAGAAUGUUCAUACUGGACCAAAUGUCAUUUAGAAGUAUGAGUACAUACAUUUCAUAUGAUAAAUCACUAGUUAUCAAAAUGGCUAUUAAACCUACUUAUUAUCUAAAUUGAUUACAGAUAUCAAUUUAGAUGAAAUGAGAAACAAGAGUGAAAUAAUUAUGAACACAUUUCCUGCUUUUGUGGAAUUGUCAAGAACCUUAUAUCUUUUAUCAACCAGACACUGCCCCAGAAAUGAUGAGUUUAUGGCUAGCUACUUCUUGUAGCAGCUGCAGUGAACGUCACAUUAUGUAAAAGCCAUGUCAUGUUUGUAUACCAAGAAGGCAUGAAAUGUUUGAAAAAUGGGAAAGAAAUGCAAAUCUUGAAUAAUUUACUUCCCAAAAUGGACUGUGUUUGCAUGGCACUGUAUUGUAUGUGUGCAUGUAUUUAAUUUUUCUGUAUGAAGUCUGCGUAUUUUUUUAUUUUUGCUACGCUGUAGUGACUUAUGUUUGUUGUUCCAAUGGAUAUUCUGUAACACCAUGUGCUACAAAAGAACAAAAUGAGUCAUAUCUGUUCCAAAACAAAAGCCAGAGGAUAUUUCAUGUGUAAAAUACCUGUAAAUUACUUUUUUCUAUAUUUUCUAAGAAAAAAAAAAUACUAUAGAAAGAUUUUUAAUGACAGGAUUUUCGUAAAAAAAAAAAAAAAAAAAAAGAAUAAAAAGGGAAAAAAGAUGAACACAGUAGGCCAGUAACAAACAGUGGAAUGUUACAAGUAUACUAGAUCUUAUUCCUUGCACACAGUGUCAAUGUUUGUUAUUGAUUCACAUUUUUAUAUAGGAAACUGUUACCACCAUUUUA